AUGGAUCAGGAAAUCAAAAUCAUCAAGCGCAAAGUCUCCGGCUUUGUCGGAUUCGCCAACUUGCCAAAACAGUGGCACAGAAAGUCUGUGAGAAGAGGCUUCACCUUCAACUGUAUGGUCGUCGGAGAAGGCGGCUUGGGUAAGGCCACGCUUGUGAACACAUUAUUUAACAGGGAGAUCAUUGCACCCAAACCCGUAGAGGAGCUGACCGUCGAGGACGAGAAUGAGGGUGUUGAGCCAGUUCUCAAGAUCGAGACCACCAGCGCCGAGAUCGAGGAAGACGGCGUCAAGUUGAAAUUGAACGUCGUCACUGCUCCAGGUUUUGGCGAGGCUAUCAACAACACAGACUCAUGGAAGCCUAUUGUGGAUGAGAUCAACUCUCGCUUCGACCACUACUUGGAGGCAGAGAGUAGAAUCAACCGUUCUGCCAUCACCGACAACCGUAUUCAUGCGCUCUUGUACUUCAUUGAGCCUACUGGCCACUCGCUUCGUGCGUUGGAUGUGCAGUUGAUGAAGCUGGUUCAUGAGAAGGUCAACUUGAUCCCAGUCAUUGCUAAGUCUGACACUUUGGUCGAUGAGGAGGUUGAGGAGUUCAAGACCCGUGUGAUGAACGACAUCAAGUACCAGAAGAUCAAGAUCUUCACUCCUCAAAUUUAUGAGAACGAUGACGAGGAGGUCACAGCCAACUGCAAGGCACUCAUUGCUUCGUUCCCCUUUGCCGUCGUUGGCUCCACCUCGGAGGUUCAAACCCCUGAUGGCAGAACUGUGCGUGGCCGUGCUUACCCAUGGGGUGUCAUUGAGGUCGACAAUGAGAGCCAGAAUGACUUCGUCAAGUUGCGUCAGUUGUUGGUGCGUAAUAACUUGGAGGAGUUGAAGGAGACAACCUCGGACGUGUUAUACGAGAAGUACCGUUCCGAGAAGUUGGAGAAGAUGGGUAUCGAGCAGGAUAACACUGUCUUCAAGGAGUUCGACCCCUUGACGAAACAGGAGGAGGAGCGCGCCUUGCACGAGGCCAAAUUGGCCAAGAUGGAAGCCGAGAUGAAGGCUGUAUUCCAGCACAAGGUUAGCGAAAAGGAGAAGAAGCUACAGAGAUCGGAGGCCGACUUGUUCAACCGUCAUGGUGAGAUGAAGACCAAGUUGGAGAAGCAGAUCCAAUUGUUGGAGGAGAAGAAGGCUCAAUUAGAGAAGCAAAAGAGUUUGCCUGUGCAGCCUGCUCCAGCCACUCAGCAGAAGGCCCGUAAGGGAUUCUUGCGUUAG